ACUGGUCACUUGGAGGUCACUCAGAGGUCAUUCAGGGGUCACUCAGGGUCACUCCGGGGUCACUCAGGGUCACUCAGGGCUGCGGCCCCUCCCCCCAGGCCACACCAUGUCCACGGUGGGGGAGGAGCGGCGCCACAACCCCCGACUGACCCUCGGCGCCGACGAGUUCGUGGCGCUGAUGGAGCGGCUGCAGCUGCCCCGCCCCCACCUCAUGGACGUCGCCAUUCCGGCCAAUCUCCGCUGCGGGAUCCAGGACGAGCCUUAAGCCACGCCCACUUCCUGAUUAAACCACGCCCACUUCCGCCCAAAACCACGCCCACUUCCCCGGCGCGUGGCCCCGCCCCUUUUGGGGCGUCUCCACCAAUAAAAACGCGUUUCCGGAACGAGGCUGCUGUGGGCGUGGCCUCUGUGUGGGAAAAGGGGGCGUGGCCGAUUCCCGCGGGGGAAGCCACGCCCCCAAUCCCAGGUGAGCCGCGCGGUGACGUCACGGCCACGCCCCCUCGGCCAGGUGCGCGCGCUCGGGGCCGGGGGGCGCUGGGGGAGGCCGGACCUUGACCUUUGACCCCGCCCUGACCUUUGACCCCUCCCCCAGCGCCGCACCCCUCCCCCCAAAAAUCCGGAGGCUCCCAUGGUGCACCGCGGCGGGGGGGAGACCCCCCCCAGCGAUGGGGACGAUCCCGCGGCGGCGCUGGAGGGGCUGAGGCUGGAGGACGAGCCCCCCCCGAAGGAAGGGGGAGGGGCGGCGGUGACGUCAGAGGCGAUGACAUCAUCACAGGCGAUGACGUCACAGGCGAUGACGUCAGAGGCGGCGGUGACGGCCGGGGGGCAGCCCCAGCUGAUGUUCUCCCACUGCACCGACCGGCGCUGGAUCCUCCUGGGACCCCCCUGCGACCCCCCCCGGGUGCUGGCGCUGCGCAGCUCCGUCAGGGGCGCCAUUGGCCUGCAGAGGUCCGGGAGCCUCCCUCGCCGCCGGGGGGGGGAGGGGCCAGGACCCCCCCAGCCGCCCCUCCCCCCCCGGCCCCGCUCGCAGCACGGUGCUCUGGCGCUGCAGCUGGACCCCGAAGCGUACAGUUUGCCCAGUACGUGUCUCCAGCUGGCCCAACUGGAGCUGCGGGUCCGGGAGGCGUUGGCCGAGCGGGAGCGGCUCCUCCGCGCCAGGGAGGCUCGGAAAGCUGCCAAGGCCCCGCCCACCAAGGACACGCCCAUUUCUGACGAGGUCACGACCUCUCCGGCACAGGCCACGCCCUCUCCAGAUCAGGCCACGCCCCCUCACGAGCCCGAUCUCCUGUGCGCCCUCCGAGCCCGGGGCCACCGCCCUGAGGCUGUGGGGGGGCUGCGGAUUUUGGGGGGGUCCCUGAGGGGUCCCCUCACCAAGAUGGGCGGACGCAUCAAGACGUGGCGGCGCCGCUGGUUCCACCUGGACCCGCAGAGGAGGGUCCUGGCCUAUUAUGGGGACCAAGCCCAGACGAAGCUCAAAGGCGUCAUCUACUUCCAAGCCAUCGAGGAGGUUUGGUACGACCCCGGGCGUGUGGCUGGAAAGAGCCCCAACCCGCGCCUCACGUUCUGCCUCAAGACCUACGAGCGCCUGUUCUGGCUGGUGGCGCCCAGCGCCGAAGCCUUGAGGAUCUGGAUGGACGCCGUGCUCACCCUGACCCGCGGCAGCGGCGCCUUCUGAGCCUUUCCCUCCGUUUUCCUGCCCUUUUUAACCCUCAUGUUUCUAUUUUCCCCUCACAUUUUCCCACAUUUUGUCCCUCACAUUUUCCCGCCCUUUUCUUCCCUCACAUUUCCCUUUUCCCCCUCAUAUUUCU